UGCCGCUCUGCUUCUCUCUCCUCCCGUGCACCCGUGCCCCCAGUCCGCCUUCAAUCCCCGAUCUUCGAAUCCCAAUCCCAAUCCCAGCUCGCAGCUUGCAGGGAGAAUCAGAGCUCGCCGCCGUCUCCUCGCUCCCAGGCUGAGGUUUCCUUCCGCGAUUUGGCUCCGAAACCGCGUCCUUGAAGGACUUCUUGUCUUGCCUUCUUGGUCGUCGAUUUUUGCCCCCAAAUCCCAGUCGUCUCCGCCGUUAUUGGAGCGGAGGGAGGGGGAUACUGCUCAACAUUCGGCUGUCUCUUGGAGCAAAGCUAAGGUUUUAGCCGAUCUCUGCGAGGUUCUUGGCGAUUCCUGCGCGCAAAACCGGUCGCCUCUGAUGGUGGCGAGGAUGAUGCGGUGGCCGCGGCCGCCGGCGCGGCGCAAGUUCAGCGUACGGCUGGUGGUGCGGCGGGCGGAGGGGCUGCUGCAGCCUCCGGUGGAGCCCGCCUCGCCGGAGCGGGAGGCAGCGGGCGCCAGGCUGCCGAGGGUCGCGGCGGAGGUGAGGUGGAAGGGGCCCAGGGCGUCGGCGCUGGGCUCGCUGCGGCGCGCCGUGGUCAGGCGCAACCGCACGCGGGAGGAGGAGGCGGCGUCGUGGGAGGAGGAGUUCGAGAGCGUCGUGACGCUCACGGCCGCGUCGCUCCGAGAGGGCGCCGCGUUCCAGCCCUGGGAGCUCGCCUUCUGUGUGUUCAGCGAUGUCAACAAAGGCCCAAAGAAUAAGCCAUCAAUUCUAGGAACUGCCUCCCUUAACCUAGCAGAGUAUGCAUCAGCAGCUGAUGAGGAGAUCGAGAUAAUUCUCCCAUUGUCUGUGCCUGGUGGUGCACCUGAACUGCUCUCAUCACUUCAUCUCACUCUGAGUAUGGUGGAACUAAGAGCAUUUCAAGAAACAUCCGAUGCAUCACAACGACCUGCUGCAACUUUGCCAUUGUCCCCAUCAUCUGGUGAUUCUCUUCCCGGAGGAAAAGAUGAAGUUUCGGUUAUUAAAGCAGGGCUGAGAAAGGUGAAAAUUCUCACAGAUCUGGUGUCGACACGAAAGUCCAAGAGGACUUGCCAAGAGGAUGGAGGCAGCGAAGAUAAGUGCUGUGUCAACAGUGAUGGUGCUGAAUAUCCAUGUGAUACUGAGUCUCUCGAUGACGAUAUGGAAGUCAGAGCACAAGAAGAUGAAGCUGGGGAUUCAACUAUCAGGAAGUCCUUCAGUUAUGGCUCACUGCAGUCUGUCAAUUACGUUGGUGGCCUAGUUUAUGCCCAUGCAAAGAUUGAUGGGGUUAAUGAGGACUGGAUCUAUUAUAGUCACCGGAAAUCUGAUGUUGGUUAUCAUGUAGAGGAAGUGUUGUCAUCGACUGCUGAGCAGACUGUGUUGCCAACUGCUAAACGGAGUAUCCUUCCCUGGAGAAAGAGGAAGUUGAGUUUACGUUCACUGAAGGCUAAAGGUGAACCUCUGUUGAAAAAGGCAUAUGGAGAAGAGGGAGGUGAUGAUAUUGAUUAUGAUCGACGUCUGCUAACAUCUUCUGAUGAAUCUGUUUUGGAGGGCUCACGAGGCGAAGAUGGAUCAUCUAAUGGUAUGGUGUCAGAAUUUGGUGAUGACAAUUUUGUUGUGGGGAAUUGGGAGUUGAAGGAAAUAUUUAGUCGUGAUGGCCAUAUGAAGCUUUCUUCCCAGGUGUUCUUUGCAUCAAUAGACCAGAGAAGUGAGCGAGCUGCUGGGGAGAGCGCAUGUACAGCACUUGUGGCUGUUAUUGCAGAUUGGUUCAAAGCAAAUCAGAAUAUGAUGCCUAUUCAGUCACAGUUUGACAGCCUUGUCCGCGAAGGAUCAUUAGAGUGGAGAAACCUUUGUGAAAAUGAGACAUAUAUAGAGCGUUUUCCUGACAAGCACUUUGAUCUUGAAACUGUCCUUCAUGCCAAGAUCCGCCCACUCACAGUAUCUCCCAGCAAAUCUUUUAUUGGAUUCUUCCAGCCCGAAGGCGAUGAUGACAUGAGCGGCUUUGAGUUUCUUAGUGGUGCCAUGUCAUUUGAUAACAUCUGGGAUGAGAUUACCCAGGCAGCAGAGUUCUCAUCUACUGUUAACCCUAAUCUAUACAUAGUGAGCUGGAAUGACCAUUUUUUUCUCCUGAAGGUUGAACGUGAUGUAUAUUACAUUAUCGAUACCCUUGGAGAAAGGCUCUGUGAAGGGUGCAGCCAGGCAUACAUUUUGAAGUUUGACAACAAUACCACAAUUCACAAGGUACCUGCCGAAAAGAAACCAUCUAGCCCUGACUCAAGUGGACCAUUAAAGGAUUCUUCAGGUUCAGAGAGCUCUUCAACUGAGCCUGACAGUGAGAAUGACAUCGAAGAGAACAUACUUGUGUCGAAGGGCAAGGAAUCAUGCAAAGAAUACAUCAAGAGUUUUCUGGCAGCCAUACCAAUCAGGGAACUACAGGUGGACAUCAAGAAAGGACUGAUGGCAUCAACCCUGUUGCACCACCGCCUCCAAAUUGAGUUCCACUACACCCAAUCUUCUCCAAAAGAGAUUGCAUCACCCCCUCAACUUCUUACCAUCAAUGCCCCCUUUGAGUUCUCAUGGCCUGAGCCACCACCAACAAUGGAAGUUGCACUAACACCUGCGGUCUCCAUUGUAUAGCUUGUCACCAUGGUGGCUGAGAUGCGAGACAACCUGCCCUGAUGUUUAACAUCAAGAGCCUCUUUUUUCCUUGGGCCACUGCAUUAAGGGGAACCUAGAUGAAGAUUUUGUUUCCUUUCUAAUUUUGCUCAUGUAUUAUCUAAUAUGAACUGACUACUAUAGGUCUUCCUCCCAGGCAUAGGAGCCUUCUGCCUGCAUUUUGUAUAGAGGUGUAUGCUCCUAUCUUCUCUCAUCUGCUGGGUUGUAGUCUUUUGGAACCUUGUAUUUAGUCGAUGAGAGAUAUACCUUCGUUAUAAUUAA